AUGUUAUUUACUUUCAGGUUGUUCAAUCUUUCAUCAAUCUUCGCCACUGUAUGGUUCGCCGUUGCAGUAAUCGGGAUAUACUCGCAUAGUUACAGGUGUCGUCUCGCCGCACCCCAUCUUUCCUGGGUCACUUUCGCGAUUGCCUGCAUUCUCUACCUAAGGUUCAUCAAACUCUUACUCCUCCCUGCAUAUCGCAUAUGCGUCAGGUCAGCUCGCACGGACAAAGCCGUCCCCGGCAAACUGACACAAUCCAGGGUGGACCGCAUUCCCCUUGUCCUCUACAUACCUCCUCCUCCGGAAGACGCUUUUGAGAGCACCAGUCUUAUCACAGUUCCCUCCCCCACACACGCUUAUCCUCCAGGAUGCCUAGUUCCUAUACGGCCUUCACCUUCGGGGCUCAAGCGUCGCUUCAUCUUCCUCCGUUCGUUGAGGAAGCGCAAGGAUAUCAAUGCCCUAAAAGGUUCUAAGGAGGAUGUCCAAGGAAAUAGGGCUUACGCGCAGGCUGCAUGGGAGGAUCUAUGGGAGCGCGGGGAGCACCCGCUGGUCAGACUCGAGGGACAGCGAUCGACCUGCGGGAUAUGUCUCAUGGAUUUUGAGGCGCCGAAGAGGAUACUCCCUAUUCCCGAAGAGGGCGCUGAGAGCGCUGAGGAGUUAGCUGACGCUCGUGCAGAUGCAGAAGCGGACCAGAAUGGGGAUACUGAUGCCGGGGCGGUUCAGGAAGUCCAGGUCGAACCUGCGCGGCAGGAUGAUACACACCGAGUGGCCCUGGCAGAUUCUGGAGAGGGCCCUCAGCCAUUGCGGCUGUUAGGUUGUGGACACGCGUUCCACGAAUUCCGCACCAGAAAACUUGCGUCGACCCGUGGCUCGUCCGUGUGUCUGGACGUUGUCCAUAUUGCCAGCGUCGGAUAG